UGUUGCCAUGGUUAUAUUAAACAGGACCCUGUGGUGUGGAGUGUGUUACUGACAGCAGCGGCUCUUCACUGUGCUGUUAAAUCUUUUACCUUCUUUAAUAGGAAACAUGUCGAACAACACGGCGAAGCUCACCAGGCCUACUUUAAAAGUGACGAAGUCUUCUGGGAGGAUGAAUCACUCUUCAUCUGGAAUGUACAGACCAAAUCUGAGCACCACAAUAUCAAGAAGCAUUAAUGCUGCGAGCCGAAAGAGCUUCAGUUUAGCAGGGGAUAGUAAAGUCCUGGACAAGAGCUCCACUCAGACACUAAAACACAUUGUACAGGCAUUGGAUGAAAUGGGGAAGGAUGUCACACCUCAAGCCUUAUAUCAUCCAGAACCAGGAACAGUUCAAACCAAACAGAACAAAAUCUUUGCACCUCAUGACACAUCAGCAGGGACAAUCUCAGACUUUUUAUCCACAGCUUUCCACACCACCAAUGCAAGCUUUGCAGCUCCAUUCACAAGGUCGUUCUUUGGGAGCACCUCUGUGUCUAGAUCAAGUCAGUCCACAACAGAAUCUAUUACUGAUGAUAUUGAGGACCCGUCUUCGAAAAGAGACACCUUAAUUGGUCUCUCAGAUGUCCAGGUUCAGAAAGAGGAUGUGAAGGAACAGGUCAGGGAACACACGCUGGACAGUGUGGUGGAUUGCUACCUCACUGAGACAGAGACCAUUUGGCUGCUGGACAUACCUGCAGUGUCUGUGUCUGUAGACUCAGAUGAAGCUGAAGUAAUCAAAGAAAGGAAUAAUGCUUAUACAGAACUGUGCAACAGCAGACCGGGCAAUGAUAAGUACGCUGAGCGCUCAAUGCAGACAUUUAACAGAGCACCUAAAGUUAUGGAGACCCAAACCAGUAGCAUCAUCAUGGUGGAAAAAGCUACCACAGCCACCACUUGGGACAUUUAUGACUCGUAUGCCGGUGGCAGUACGGCAGAAGUGCCAGGCAGUAUUUCAGGUGGCGAGAGGCCGAUUAUCCGGACAGACUCCUCCUCUCAUCACCUAGAUUCAUCCAGAAGUCUAGACAGAUCCAGGUCUGGAGUCAAUACCACCAGCAUAGCUAGUACCACCAGCUCCAGAAGAGGGAUGGAGGCCUUUGUGGUUGAAGUGGAAGACAAGCCUGACCCAGAGCUGAUCCUGAAGUCUGAGAAAUUUCAACAGGAUCUGGAAGUUAUGGAGAGGGCAGUUCUGCAGAACAUCUACCAGCCCAAACAUGCUGCCUACAGACUACUGCCAAUACUGACAGAUUCUGAUAUUCUGAAGACUGAGAAAGGGGAUCUGGAAGAAAGCUCUCAGAGCCCAGCUUUAAAACACCUCUGGGCCUUCAGCUGUGAGCUCACCGUGGCUCACAACGUCAGCUGCAUGGCCUGGAACAAGAAAAAUCCGGACCUUCUGGCUGUGGGAUAUGAACAGUUGGAUAUCAAUGAUCAGAAAUCUGGACUGGUCUGCUGCUGGUCUUUAAAGAACCCUCAAUGGCCUGAUCGGAUCUUUCAGUGUGAGAGUGCCGUCACGUCACUGGACUUUUCGGCCAGUAAUGCCAGUCAGUUGGCAGUGGGCAUGCAUGAUGGCAGCAUCGUCAUCUACAAUGUACAGUUUACCAAGAAGACACCAGUCAUCGACAGCAGCAAUUGUGACCCCAAACACACGGGUCCUGUGUGGCAGGUGAAAUGGAUAGAUUGUGAGCAGAAUUCAACAGGAGCAAGUGAAGCAGAGAUGUUGAUCUCUGUGGCUGCCGAUGGGAGGGUCUGCAAGUGGUUUUUCCGUGAAUGCCUUACCUGUAUUGAUCUGAUGAAGCUGACGGUGAUGAGGAAUGACAGCGGUGCUCUGAUCUCUAGCCAGGCGCCUGGGCUGUGUUUUGAUUUCCACCGUAAUAAUUCAAAUAUCUAUUUGACCGGAACAGGAGAGGGCCAUAUUCACAAGUGCUCCUGUUCAUACAACGAGCAGUUCCUGGACACGUACAAAGCACAUAAAGGUCCUGUCCGUAAGGUCACAUGGUCACCUUUCUGUCCAGAUGUCUUUCUAAGCUGUUCUGCAGACUGGACCAUUCAGCUUUGGAGGCAGGAUCUCUUCACACCUGUACUGGGCUUCACCUCCACACAGAACGCUGUCCAUGAUGUCAUGUGGUCCCCACGGUGGGCCACUGUGUUUGGGGUAAUUAAUGAGGACAGGGUGGAAAUUUGGAACUUGGGAGCAAGCACUCAAGAUCCAACCGUUGUGAGUGUUGCCAAUCCAGGGGUGAAGCUGACCUCUCUGCUGUUUGCCAGUGAGACAGACUGUGUCCUGGUUGGAGACAGUGAGGGUCGGGUCAGCGUCUAUAAGUUGGAGAACCUUGCAGUGGAAGCAGGCACACAGGCAAACACACUGGAGGACAUCAUCAGGUCCACGCUGGCCACUCAGUUGUGGCGGGAGCAAACAAUAACAGAAUAACCAUGAGAUUACAGUAGACUGGCCACAUCUGGAAAGACGUAUGGAAAGACAGGUUCUUGUUUCAUGGUGUGUUAGUUUUCUUUAGGAAUAGAAUAGACCCAAAGAAAAACACCUGCCAAAAAUAAUUCUUACUGAUGGCAGAUUAAAGUUGCCAAUAUAUCUGAAACAAAAUACCAAAAUCACCAAGAGCAUUUAUCACCUUUAAAAGAGCUCAUUCACUUCUCUUUUCUUAAGUGUUCAUCUUUUUCAUCUUUUAAGAUUAUUUUUUUAUUUUCCAUUUGUAAUUGUGCAGGACACUCUAAUAAGCAAUUAAAAGACCAUGAAAAGUGUAAACAGACUUUACUGAACACACUGAUAGAUACACUGUCUGGCAAUAAAUAUAUAAAAAUAUAUUUGACUGUGGCACGCAUUCACUGUGGCUUCGUUUCCACAAGCUUCUGCAAUGUCACAAGAUUUAUUUCAAUCCAGUGUUGUAUUAAUUUUUCACCAAGAUCUUGCAGCAUUGAUGACGGAAGAUUUAGAUCACUGCAAAAAAUCUUCUUCAGCACAUCCCAAAGAUUCUCAAUGAGGUUAAGGUCUGGACUCUGUGGUGAACAGAACAAUCCAUGUGUGAAAAUGAUGAUCUAAUGCCCCCAGAACCCUGCACUCUUUCAUAAUCUGAGCCUGAUGAAUCCUGGCAUUGGAAUAGGGCCGUGCCUUUAGGGAAGAAAAAAUCCAUUGAUGGAAUAACCUGGUCUAUAUUCAGUAUAUUCAGGUAGUCAGCUGACCUCAUUCUUUCAGCACAUACUGUUACUGAACCUAGACCUGACCAACUGCAGCAACUCCAGAUCAUAGCACUGCCCCCAUAGACUGCCUCUCUUCUUACCCUGAUGCACCCAUCACUCUGGAACAGGGUAAAUCUGGACUCGUCAGAUAACAUGACCUUCUUUCAUUUUUUCAAAGUCCAAACUUUGUGCUCUCUAGAAAAUUUGAAGCUGUUUUUGCCAGUUAGCCUCGCUGAUAAAUGGUUUUCCUAAGGCUACAAAGCUGUUUAGUUCCAAUCCCUUAAAUUCCCUUCGCAUUGUGCAUGUGGAAAAGCUCUUACUUUCACUACUAAACAUAUCCCUGAGUUUUUCUACUAUUUGAUUUAACCAAACGUUUAAUUGCUUGUCAAUCAGGAUCAUUUAAGAAUUUUUCUGACCACAAUUCUUCCUCAAAGAUUAUGUUUUCCCACUGACCUUCCAUUUUUCAAUAAAGUAUUGGACUCUUAA